AUGGAAUCAGGGAGAAGGGGAUGGAAUCCACGAGAAGGGGAUGGAAUCUGGGAGAAGGGGAUGGAAUCUGGGAGAAGGGGAUGGAAUCUGGGAGAAGGGGAUGGAAUCAGGGACAAGGUGAUGGAAUCGGGGAGAAGGGAUAGAAUCUGGGAGAAGGGAAUGGAAUCUCGGAGAAGGGGAUGGAAUCUGGGAGAAGGGGAUGGAAUUUGGGAGAAGGGGAUGGAAUCUGGGAGAAGGGGAUGGAAUCUGGGAGAAGGGGAUGGAAUCUGGGAGAAGGGGAUGGAAUCUGGGAGAAGGGGAUGGAAUCUGGGAGAAAGGGAUGGAAUCAGGGAGAAGGGGAUGGAAUCUGGGAGAAGGGGAUGGAAUUUAGGAGAAGGGGAUGGAAUCUGGGAGAAGGGGAUGCAGUCAGAGAGAAGGGGAUGGAAUUUGGGAGAAUGGGAUGGAUUUGGGAGAAGGAGAUGGAAUCUGGGACAAGGGAAUGGAAUCUGGGAGAAGGGGAUGGAAUCUAGGAGAAGGGGAUGGAAUCUGGGAGAAGGGGAUGAAAUCUGGGAGAAGGGGAUGGAAUCUGGGAGAAGGGGAUGGAAUCAGGGAGAAGGGGAUGGAAUGUGGGAGAAGGGGAUGGAAUCUGGGAGAACGGGAUGGAAUCUGGGAGAAGGGGAUGGAAUCUGGGAGAAGGGGAUGGAAUCAGGGAGAAGGGGAUGGAAUCUGGGAGAAGGGGAUGGAAUCAGGGAGAAGGGGAUGGAAUCUGGGAGAAGGGGAUGGAAUCUGGGAGAAGGGGAUGGAAUUUGGGAGAAGGGGAUGGAAUCUGGGAGAAGGGGAUGGAAUCUGGGAGAAGGGGAUGGAAUCUGGGAGAAGGGGAUGGAAUCUGGGAGAAGGGGAUGGAAUCUGGGAGAAAGGGAUGGAAUCAGGGAGAAGGGGAUGGAAUCUGGGAGAAGGGGAUGGAAUCUAGGAGAAGGGGAAGGAAUCUGGGAGAAGGGGAUGCAAAUCUGGGAGAAGGGGAUGGAAUCUGGGAGAAGGGGAUGGAAUCUGGGAGAAGGGGAUGGAAUCUGGGAGAAGGGGAUGGAAUCUGGGAGAAGGGGAUGGAAUCUGGGAGAAGGGGAUGGAAUCAGGGAGAAGGGGAUGGAAUCUGGGAGAAGGGGAUGGAAUAUGGGAGAAGGGGAUGGAAUUUGGGACAAGGGGAUGGAAUCUGGGAGAAGGGUAUGGAAUCAGGUAGAAGGGAUGGAAUGUGGGAGAAGGGGAUGGAAUCUGGGAGAAGGGGAUGGAAUCUGGAGAAGGGGAUGGAAACUGGGAGAAGGGGAUGGAAUCUGGGAGAAGAGGAUGGAAUCUGAGAGAAGGGGAUGGAAUCUGGGAGAAGGGGAUGGAAUCAGGGAGAAGGGGAUGGAAUCUGGGAGAAAGGGAUGGAAUCAGGGAGAAGGGGAUGGAACCUGGGAGAAGGAGAUGGAAUUUAGGAGAAGGGGAUGGAAUCUGGGAGAAGGGGAUGCAAUCAGGGAGAAGGGGAUGGAAUCGGGGAGAAGGGGAUGGAAUCUUGGAGAAGGGGAUGGAAUCUGGGAGAAGGGGAUGGAAUCUGGGAAAAGGGGAUGGAAUCUAGGAGAAGGGGAUGGAAUCUGGGAGAAGGGGAUGGAAUCUGGGAGAAGGGGAUGGAAUCUGGGAGAAGGGGAUGGAAUCAGGGAUAAGGGGAUGGAAUCUGGGAGAAGGGGAUGGAAUCUGGGAGAAGGGGAUGGAAUCUGGGAGGAGGGGAUGGAAUCUGGGAGAAGGGGAUGGAAUCUGGGAGGAGGGGAUGGAAUCUGGGAGAAGGGGAUGGAAUCUGGGAGAAGGGGAUGGAAUCUGGGAGAAGGGGAUGGAAUCAGGGAGAAGGGGAUGGAAUCUGGGAGAAGGAGAUGGAAUAUGGGAGAAGGGGAUGGAAUUUGGGACAAGGGGAUGGAAUCAGAGAGAAGGGUAUGGAAUCAGGUAGAAGGGAUGGAAUGUGGGAGAAGGGGAUGGAAUCUGGGAGAAGGGGAUGGAAUCUGGAGAAGGGGAUGGAAUCUGGGAGAAGGGGAUGGAAUCUGGGAGAAGAGGAUGGAAUUUGAGAGAAGGGGAUGGAAUCUGGGAGAAGGGGAUGGAAUCAGGGAGAAGGGGAUGGAAUCUGGGAGAAAGGGAUGGAAUCAGGGAGAAGGGGAUGGAACCUGGGAGAAGGAGAUGGAAUUUAGGAGAAGGGGAUGGAAUCUGGGAGAAGGGGAUGCAAUCAGGGAGAAGGGGAUGGAAUCGGGGAGAAGGGGAUGGAAUCUUGGAGAAGGGGAUGGAAUCUGGGAGAAGGGGAUGGAAUCUGGGAGAAGGGGAUGGAAUCUGGGAGAAGGGGAUGGAAUCUGGGAGAAGGGGAUGGAAUCUGGGAGAAGGGGAUGGAAUCUGGGAGAAGGGGAUGGAAUCAGGGAUAAGGGGAUGGAAUCUGGGAGAAGGGGAUGGAAUCUGGGAGAAGGGGAUGGAAUCUGGGAGAAGGGGAUGGAAUCUGGGAGAAGGGGAUGGAAUCUGGGAGAAGGUGAUGGAAUCGGGGAGAAGGAAUAG